GAAGUCAGGACAAGGAGCGAUGGCACCAUAUGUACCCACAUGGCCAUUGUAUGAAGAAUGUAUGUUUCUGGCAGACCAUAUUGUUGCACGCAAAACGUCAAGUGGCUACAGUACGAAUGCUUUGCCAAAAAGUCAGACGGCUACAGUUGUGAGGCCCAAUUUUGAAGCUGACAGAGCUUCACCUGUGUUUGCCCGACCCUCUCCCUCACCGUCGCCACCUGUAUUCAGGUUAACUCCAGCCCGACCCUCCCCCUCCCCUUCGCCACCUGCAAUUAGGUCAAUUUUGUCACCUCAAACUUCAGAGUCGCUGUCGCCGUCUAAUGUUGAAUCUGAUGCUUCUAAUAGUCAGAACUCAGCUGGGCAGUCACUUGCAAGUACAGAAGAAGGAGUUUCAGUUUCUUCAGAUGUGAGCUCGGCGUCUGAAUCUAUUAUACGGGCCAUAAAAACAGCAAAAUUGAAAGGAAAACGCACUGUUCCCCCGCCUGACAAUUUUAAUGUAAAGAAGAAGAAAGAAGAUGAUGCUUUGGCUCAGGCAAUUCUGAACCAAACAAGUGUUUUGUCCUCUAUGACAGCUAAACUCGACAAGGAUAUAAGUAUAGCUACCUCAGAUAAUGUUGCUAAUCUUAGUAAUAUUAGUCCAAUUAUGAGUGCUGUUUCCUUUGCUUUACAAUCUGUGCCCCGAGAGAGGCACCUUGAAUGUAUGAUGGAAAUAUUAAAAAUUAUAACUGAAAAGUAUGCCAAACAAUGAUUUUAAUUAAGUUUUUGACAUAAUUAUUAUAUUUAAUGAUAUUGGAAAUAUUUGAUUACGUUAUGUUGCUUAUGUCUGUAUUAUUUUAAUAUUGUGUUUCUUAUAAAAAAUAUGAAAACGUGUUUAUCUCUAAUUAUUGCUGUAUUGAAAGGUUUUUGUUUUGAACUAAAUAUGAAAUAACAUGAGUGCAGAGAAAUAAAUGAUU